AUGUCGGAUUUCGCAUCCUUGCUUCCAAAAGCACCCAUGUUACUCUCAUCCACCAUUAAUUAUUAUCGUUACGGACCACCACAACCAUCAUGGGACUUAAAAUUUUACUUGAUGUUCAACAUUAAAAAAGAUGCAUUUGGUAAACCUUUCGAAGAUAUUCAAAAAAUGUUUACGGUCAAUAGUGCUGUUGAUGAUGGUGUACAUGUAGAUGAGCUGUCAUUGUCAAAUUCACUUCGUAAAAAAUCGGAAGUUUACAUUGAUGGGAUUUUGAAAGAUUAUAAUCACGUGCUUCUUGAUGAUUGGAGAAGUGUUAAUCUUGGGGAUGGGUUAGAAUGUGAAUGGGUUUAUGUUAAAAAAGAAGAAAGCAAUAGCAACAAGAAAAAAUAUGAUAAGGUUAUUUUGUACUUGCAUAGUGGUGGAUAUAUUUUUGGUUGUCCCAGUUUUUAUCGUAGUCAUACUUCCAAAAUUGCAAAAUCUACAAAUGCAAGACUAUUUGUAAUAAAUUAUAGACUUGCACCACAAAAUCAAUUUCCUGCCGCUUUACAUGAUUCCAUAACUGCCUACAAGUAUCUUAUUGAUCCACCAAAAGAUGCAGAUUUUCUACCAAUUGAACCUAAAAAUAUUGUAAUUAUGGGUGAUAGUGCAGGUGGUG